AUGGUGUGGAGAGCCAUCAAGGUGAGGAAGGUACUGCUGGCGAUGGUCGAGCUGGACGUGGACGGCGCGUUGUUUGACAGCGCUGCCGUGUGGUCGGUGUUCUGGUCCGUGGACGCAGAAGUUCACGGACGCGCCAUUGAGCGGGCCGAUUUCGACAACCGUGAGGGCCAACGUGCAGGUGUGCUGGCAGUAGCGUGGCGAGUGAGAUAUAGCGCUGCUGGCGUCAAAUGGUCCGGAUUACGGAUCUCCAGCACGGUGGGGAUGCUCGGAUGUAUCCGUGGUGGCGUCCGGGACACGGUGGAGCGGUUGGAUGUGUUGCGUCCGCCGGAUAUCUCGUGGCGGUGUCGCGACCUGGACCUGGCCGUGGGGCUGCACACGAUGGUAUAA